GCCCCCCAAAAAAUCCCAGAAAAAUCACUUAUCGAUAAGAAAUCACAUUGACGAGUCCCCCGGCCGAGUUCUGGCUGUGGAACCCGCGCGCACGGAACUCCCCGGCCCCGACCAACCGAAAUUUUGGUUUCCUCAGGUCGCGCGGUGCGGCAAGGAGUGUCAAGCGAAUUGAGCCAGCAUCGCCAAAAGCUUCACAAAUUCUCCUUCCCACGCGCACUCCCUCCACCCCUCCGCCCGUCGCACCACCACCACCGCCACCACCACCACUCAGACAUCGAAGCUCCCUCGCGAAUCUCCAGCUCUUCGAACACCGACUCAAUUGAAGCUUCCUCCGACAGUCCCUCACCCCAAACCCGCAAAAAUGGGCAAGCUCCCAACCCACCUCCCCAGGCCAACAAGCCUCCUCGCCCACCGACCCUCCCUCACAUCCUCCUCGAACACGCCGUCGACACCGAGAAUAGGCCUCCCGACCCAACAAUCCCGCGCAGCAACCUUCAUCCCCCGCCCCCGCCGCCCCUACACCUUCACCCAGCUCAUCCAGCUCUCCGACGGAAGCACCUACACCGUCCGCACCACCUCCCCCUCGCCCCUCGUCCGCUCCGCAAAGGACUCGCGCAACCACUCCCUCUGGCAGCCCUCCGACAAGUCCCUCAAGAACGUGGAAGUCGACGAGGCCGGUAAACUCGCCGCCUUCCGUGAACGUUUCGGUCGCGGGUUCGAUCUGGCGGCCAAGAAGCCGACGGAGGAGGAGCUUGACACUGCUGCUACUGCUGCGGCUGCCGCCUCUCCUACAUCAGCUGCCGCUGGAAAGAAGGAUGCUACUCCCGCAAAGGAGGCCGCGACGCCUGCCCAGCCCACCCCCGAGGAGGACGACAUUUUCGACAUGGGUGAUUUGAUUAGCGGGUACGCCGCGCUGCAGCCGCAGCAGGCUGCCAAGGAGCCUCCGAAGAAGGUAGCGGCACCAGAGAAAGGCAAGAAGGGAAAGAAAUAAUGAGCGUAAUGUGGCAGAACAGAGAGCUGUCACCACAGUCAUCAACAUCCAUGCAUUUAGCUGGUGGGAAAGAAGCCUGUACGGAAGCCUGUACGAUGGAUAGAUACGGAUCAUUGUAUAAAAAGGGAGAUUCACGGGGAUUCGCCGGCAGGGUGAAUAAAAGCGU